CGGUCAUAAUGCAAAGAGGAAGAGAUUGAUUUAUUAUCUUCUGUCAUCAUGAUAGAUUUACAAAGUGUCAAAUGUCUAAUAGAACAAAACGCAUUUCACAAUUUAAAACCUUACAACAAGGAGAAACUCUUACUUAUGCAGAACUCAAUAUUCAGGCCAACCGUUUGGCACAUUAUCUGAUAGCGCGCGGCGUUAAACCAGAAGAUCGAAUUGCAAUUUGCGUUAGGCGAAGCACGAAAAUGGUUGUAGCUCUUCUGGGUAUUCUAAAAUCUGGUGGCGCUUAUGUACCACUCGACCCAGUCUAUUCGGGUCAACGGUUAACAAAUAUUCUGAAGGACGCUGAACCAUUGUUACUUUUAGUUGAUGCCACUGGCAAAAAAGCUCUUGGAGAACAUCAGGUUUCAGUAAUUGAUGUAGACAAUGCCUUGUUUGACAGCCUACCGAUCGAUAACCCGAACUCGGUAAAACUGGGACUAAAGCCAGUCCACCUCUCCCAUGUUGUUUACACAUCCGGCACGACAGGAACACCGAAAGGGGUGAUGGUUGAACAUCAGCAGAUUUCGCGUUUUUUUGAAGUUGCACACAAAAAAUUUGGCAUUAAUAAACAGGACAAAUGGAGUCUAUUUCAUUCGAUAUCUUUAAGUGUUUCGGUAUGGGAGAUAUGGGGUGCAUUGUUUAAUGGGGCUCAGCUGGCAAUUGUACCUUACAAUACCAGACGUUCUCCUCACGAAUUUUAUGAUUGGGUCUGUUCCCGAGGAAUAACUGUUCUCGUUCAACCCCCAUCCGCUUUUAAACUGUUUAUGCAGGCGAAAAAUAUUAGUGUGCGGUCCGAUGUACUACGCUUUGUGUUCAUUCGCGGCGAAGAGUUGAGUCCAAUGAUUGUAAAGAAUUGGAACGAAAAUAUUGCAAACAGUCAAACUGUACUAAUCAAUAUAUAUGGCACUACGGAGACGCCAAGUGCAAUCUACAAACGAGUUGAAGUGUCGAAAUAUGUACAUUCUAUUGGUCGACCAUUCUCUGACGUUCGUGUUUAUCUGCUGGACACACGAGGUGAGCUGGUACUAUCGGGAGCUGAAGGAGAGUUGUACAUUGGUGGCGCUGGUGUGGCUCGAGGCUACCUCAAUCGACCAGAACUUACAGCGGAACGGUUUCUUCCUGAUCCAUUCAGUGAGAAUCCAGAAGCACGUAUCUACCGCACCGGUGAUCGGGCCCGUUAUCUUCCUGAUGGAAAUUUGAUCUAUUUGGGACGCACCGACCAACAGGUGAAAAUUCGUGGCUUCCGAAUCGAACCUGGUGAAAUUGAAGCUCGCCUCGUUGAACAUCCUUUGGUGCACGAUGCCGUUGUUUUGUCAUGGAAAAACAAGCCUGAUACUGAUACUCGCCUGGUUGCAUACGUAGUCGCCGAACAAGAUACAUCGCUUGCUCAGAUUUUACGCGCAUACUUGGUCGCUUUACUGCCUGACUAUAUGGUGCCAGCGGCUUAUGUUUGUCUCUCGUCUCUGCCACUCACACCCAAUGGCAAGUUGGAUCGACAUGCACUGCCACCUCCAGACGACGAGUCAUUUUCCCGUCAGUCAUAUGAGGCUCCACAAGAUGAAAUGGAAGAAAAACUUGCAAAACUUUGGAGUGAACUGCUAUGUAUUGAACUUAUCAGCCGGCAUGACAAUUUCUUUGAACUUGGUGGACACUCACUGAUGGUGAUGCAAUUUGUUAACCAGGCAAAGAAACGCUUCAACAUCCACGUUGAUCCUCGUGGUUUAUUUUCAUUUCCAAUAUUGAAAGAUUUCGCCGAACGCAUUACCAACUCAUCCGAUAGAUUGUAUUGUGAUGCAGCUGUUCCGGCACGUCAACAUGGAGAUCAAACACCUCUAUUUCUAUUGCCAGACGGCCGCGGAGAUACUUCUUAUGCUUUUGAACUAGCACAUGAGAUUGAUAAAAGUAUUCCUAUCUACGUGCUACCGUGGUCGUCGCCAGAAAAAGAACAGCCCACAUCCAUUGAGGAAAUGGCCAAAGGAAUGAUCCCUAGGAUAAAGGAAGUACAGCUAAAUGGGCCUUGUGCAAUAGCUGGUUACUCUGCUGGGGGUAUCCUAGCCUAUGAAAUAACAAAACAACUCAUAAACAGUAACUAUCCGGUUUCGUUCUUGGGUUUAAUUGAUACGUACUAUCCCAGAGUAUCGGAUGUUCCGAAUGAAACUGAUAUGCUUUUGAAUUAUAUUGUGUUGGUAUCUCCGUUUUUCAAAACAUUAAAUGAUACAGUGUGGUGGGAACGUGUGAGUAAACUUUCCCUCGGCGAAGCCAUUGAAGAGGUGAAAGAAAAAAAUAUUGAUUUGAAAAAUUCAGACAUCGAUUCAGAAGCUCUGCUAUUGAAACAGCGAAUUCAUUACCAAAACAUAUGUAGGGUAUACAAGGUCAAUUCGCUGCCAAUUAUAGUAAACUUAUUUAAGGCAACAGAAUUUCUUCCGUCACCUACUGGCAAUGAUUUCUUGGACAAAAAUAUUCAAAAACGUGUUGAUUGUGCGAAGAAAUUAUAUAAUCGACCUAAACUUGGCUGGGAAAAUCUUCCAAACUUACAUGUCAUUCCUGUGAACGGUGGUCAUUUUACAAUGAUGACAGAUCCAAAUCAUAGAGCUUUAUUGGGAAGAUCAAUAUCUCAGUCGCUAAUUUUAAAGUAAAUAUAAAGGCCAACUCCAGAUCGCAUCUAAAUUUCAAAUUACGGUUUAAAGUUUUUUAGUAGUGACUUCAAAUUA